AUGGGCUGUCACGCCAAAUCGCCUCCCCUCCUUCGUCGCGCCUACCCUCGUUGCGCAUCCCCUCGUUGCGCCUCCCCUCCCCUUAUCGCGACUCCCAUUCCACCCGUCGCGCCUAACCUCCCCUCAACGAGCCAGCACCCUCAUUCGCGCUGGCCCCCACCGCGCCUCCUCUCCCGCUGCCCUUCCCUCACCUGCCCAUCCCUUGCCUUCCUUGCCCGCCCAUUCCCUCUUGUGUCCUUCCCUACCGCCCCUCCAUGGCUGGAAGCCAUCCCUCCAUGGCUGGAAGCCAUCCCUCCAUGGCUGGAAGCCAUCCCUCCAUGGCUGGAAGCCAUCCCUCCAUGGCUGGAAGCCAUCCCUCCAUGGCUGGAAGCCAUCCCUCCAUGGCUGGAAGCCAUCCCUCCAUGGCUGGAAGCCAUCCCUCCAUGGCUGGAAGCCAUCCCUCCAUGGCUGGAAGCCAUCCCUCCAUGGCUGGAAGCCAUCCCUCCAUGGCUGGAAGCCAUCCCUCCAUGGCUGGAAGCCAUCCCUCCAUGGCUGGAAGCCAUCCCUCCAUGGCUGGAAGCCAUCCCUCCAUGGCUGGAAGCCAUCCCUCCAUGGCUGGAAGCCAUCCCUCCAUGGCUGGAAGCCAUCCCUCCAUGGCUGGAAGCCAUCCCUCCAUGGCUGGAAGCCAUCCCUCCAUGGCUGGAAGCCAUCCCUCCAUGGCUGGAAGCCAUCCCUCCAUGGCUGGAAGCCAUCCCUCCAUGGCUGGAAGCCAUCCCUCCAUGGCUGGAAGCCAUCCCUCCAUGGCUGGAAGCCAUCCCUCCAUGGCUGGAAGCCAUCCCUCCAUGGCUGGAAGCCAUCCCUCCAUGGCUGGAAGCCAUCCCUCCAUGGCUGGAAGCCAUCCCUCCAUGGCUGGAAGCCAUCCCUCCAUGGCUGGAAGCCAUCCCUCCAUGGCUGGAAGCCAUCCCUCCAUGGCUGGAAGCCAUCCCUCCAUGGCUGGAAGCCAUCCCUCCAUGGCUGGAAGCCAUCCCUCCAUGGCUGGAAGCCAUCCCUCCAUGGCUGGAAGCCAUCCCUCCAUGGCUGGAAGCCAUCCCUCCAUGGCUGGAAGCCAUCCCUCCAUGGCUGGAAGCCAUCCCUCCAUGGCUGGAAGCCAUCCCUCCAUGGCUGGAAGCCAUCCCUCCAUGGCUGGAAGCCAUCCCUCCAUGGCUGGAAGCCAUCCCUCCAUGGCUGGAAGCCAUCCCUCCAUGGCUGGAAGCCAUCCCUCCAUGGCUGGAAGCCAUCCCUCCAUGGCUGGAAGCCAUCCCUCCAUGGCUGGAAGCCAUCCCUCCAUGGCUGGAAGCCAUCCCUCCAUGGCUGGAAGCCAUCCCUCCAUGGCUGGAAGCCAUCCCUCCAUGGCUGGAAGCCAUCCCUCCAUGGCUGGAAGCCAUCCCUCCAUGGCUGGAAGCCAUCCCUCCAUGGCUGGAAGCCAUCCCUCCAUGGCUGGAAGCCAUCCCUCCAUGGCUGGAAGCCAUCCCUCCAUGGCUGGAAGCCAUCCCUCCAUGGCUGGAAGCCAUCCCUCCAUGGCUGGAAGCCAUCCCUCCAUGGCUGGAAGCCAUCCCUCCAUGGCUGGAAGCCAUCCCUCCAUGGCUGGAAGCCAUCCCUCCAUGGCUGGAAGCCAUCCCUCCAUGGCUGGAAGCCAUCCCUCCAUGGCUGGAAGCCAUCCCUCCAUGGCUGGAAGCCAUCCCUCCAUGGCUGGAAGCCAUCCCUCCAUGGCUGGAAGCCAUCCCUCCAUGGCUGGAAGCCAUCCCUCCAUGGCUGGAAGCCAUCCCUCCAUGGCUGGAAGCCAUCCCUCCAUGGCUGGAAGCCAUCCCUCCAUGGCUGGAAGCCAUCCCUCCAUGGCUGGAAGCCAUCCCUCCAUGGCUGGAAGCCAUCCCUCCAUGGCUGGAAGCCAUCCCUCCAUGGCUGGAAGCCAUCCCUCCAUGGCUGGAAGCCAUCCCUCCAUGGCUGGAAGCCAUCCCUCCAUGGCUGGAAGCCAUCCCUCCAUGGCUGGAAGCCAUCCCUCCAUGGCUGGAAGCCAUCCCUCCAUGGCUGGAAGCCAUCCCUCCAUGGCUGGAAGCCAUCCCUCCAUGGCUGGAAGCCAUCCCUCCAUGGCUGGAAGCCAUCCCUCCAUGGCUGGAAGCCAUCCCUCCAUGGCUGGAAGCCAUCCCUCCAUGGCUGGAAGCCAUCCCUCCAUGGCUGGAAGCCAUCCCUCCAUGGCUGGAAGCCAUCCCUCCAUGGCUGGAAGCCAUCCCUCCAUGGCUGGAAGCCAUCCCUCCAUGGCUGGAAGCCAUCCCUCCAUGGCUGGAAGCCAUCCCUCCAUGGCUGGAAGCCAUCCCUCCAUGGCUGGAAGCCAUCCCUCCAUGGCUGGAAGCCAUCCCUCCAUGGCUGGAAGCCAUCCCUCCAUGGCUGGAGGUGAUCUCGAUUUACAUUUUCUCACAUCCCCCCCAAAGCCUGCUUCUCCUCACUUCUCCCCUCAUUUCCCCCCCCUGCUUUCCCUCGUUUCCCCCCCCUGCUUCCCCUCAUUUGCCCCCCCUGCUUCCCCUCAUCUCCCCCCCCUGCUUCCCCUCAUUUCCCCCCCCCCUUCCUGCUUCCCCUCGUUUCCCCCCCUGCUUCCUCUCAUUUUCCCCUCCUGCUUCCCCUCAUUUACCCCCUGCUUCCCCUCAUUUCCCCGCUGCUUCCCUUCAAUUCCCCCUGCUUCCCCUCAUUUCCCCCCCCUUCUGCUUCCCCUCGUUCCCCCCCCCCCCCCCCCCCCCUGCUUCCCCUCAUUUCCGCCCCUGCUUCCCUUCAAUUCCCCCCUGCUUCCCCUCAUUUCCCCCCCCUUCUGCUUCCCCUCGUUUCCCCCCCCCCCCCCUGCUUCCCCUCAUUUCCCCCCCCCUGCUUCCCCUCAUCCCCCCCCCCUGCUUCCCCUCAUUUCCCCCCCCCCCUGCUUCCCCUCGUUUCCCCCCCUGCUUCCUCUCAUUUUCCCCUCCUGCUUCCCCUCAUUUCCCCCCUGCUGCCCCUCAUUUCCCCCCUGCUUCCCCUCAUUUCCCCCCCUGCUUCCCCUCAUCCCCCCCGCCCUGCUUCCCCUCAUUCCCCCCGCCCUGCUUCCCCUCAUUCCCCUCCCUGCUUCCCCUCAUUUCACCCCCCCUGCUUCCUCUCAUUUUCCCCCCCUGCUUCCCCUCAAUUCCCCCCCUGCUUCCCCGCAUUUCCCCCCCUGCUUCCCCGCAUUUCCCCCCCUGCUUCCCCGCAUUUCCCCCCCUGCUUCCCCUGUGCUCCCCUCCUGCUUACCCUAAUUUUCCCCCAUUGUUUUCCCUCAUUUCCCCCCUUACUGCCCGUCAAUCCCCCCUCUGCUUCCCCUCAUUCAUUCCGCUGCUUCCCCUAAUUCCAUCCCCUGCUUUCCCUCGUUUCCCUACUUCACCUCAUUUUUCCUCCUGCGUUCCCUCACUUCUCCCCCUGCUUCCCCUUGUUUCCUCCCAUUCUUCCCUGCCCGGGCUUUUACCACCUGCCAUCUCCCCACUCGUCCAAUCCUCUCCCUUUCCCCUCUCCCUUCUUCCCUCUCUCUCCUCUUCCAUCCCUCCCCUCUUCCCUCUCUCCCCUCUUCCCUGUUUCCCCUCUUCCCUCUCGCAUCCCUUCCCUCUCUCCCCUCUUCCCUUUCUCUCGUCUUCCCUGUACCCCCUCUUCCCUAUCCCCCACAUCCCUCUCUCCCCUCUCCGGAUCUCCUUUUCUCUCUCCCCCUUCUUCCUAUAUCCUCUUUUCCCUCUCCCCACUCUUCCUAUUUCCUCAAAACCCGUUUCCCCCUCUUCCUAUCUCUUCUUUACCCUCUCCCCCUCUUCCUAA